GACGCUGUUGGGGCAGUGGGGCUUUUGGUCAUCCGAAAUCGGCCAGCGCGAGGCGAGGAACGGGGGCUGGAGGACGCCAGGGCAGGGGCGGGGUUUGCAGCGGAUCUCGGCUGGAGUGAGGCGAGAUCACCUGGGACGCGGCUCCCCGCCCAAACAUUGUGACCGCGGGCCUGCCCUCCUUGCACCUCGUCACCGCCCGCGAGCAGGCUGCAAAGCGGACGUAAAAGGGAGAGCGCUUUCUUUUCCAUAGAAAGAUUGAGCCUUGGAUAAGGAGUGCCUGUGAAGAAAACAGGGUAUUUCCCUGAGGCCUGUAUCCUGCCUUGAUUGACUUUUCUUGAAGUAUUAUAAAUCAGAAUGUCUGCACAGUCUGUGGAAGAGGAUUCAAUACUUAUAAUCCCAACUCCAGAUGAAGAGGAAAAAAUUCUGAGAGUGAAGUUGGAGGAGGAUCCCGAUGGUGAAGAGGGAUCAAGCAUCCCCUGGAACCAUCUUCCUGAUCCAGAGGUUUUCCGACAGCGAUUCAGGCAGUUUGGAUACCAGGAUUCACCUGGGCCCCGUGAAGCUGUGAGCCAGCUUCGAGAACUUUGCCGUCUAUGGCUCAGGCCAGAGACACACACAAAAGAACAGAUUCUGGAGUUGGUAGUGCUGGAGCAGUUUGUUGCCAUCCUACCCAAGGAACUGCAGACUUGGGUUCGAGAGCAUCAUCCAGAGAAUGGAGAAGAGGCAGUGACAGUGCUGGAGGAUUUAGAGAGUGAGCUAGAUGACCCUGGACAACCGGUUUCUCUCCGUCGACGAAAACGGGAAGUUCUGGUAGAGGAGAUAGUUUCCCAAGAAGAAGCUCAGGGAUUACCAAAUUCUGAGCUUGAUGCUGUGGAGAACCAGCUCAAGUGGGCAUCCUGGGAGCUCCAUUCUCUAAGGCACUGUGAUGAUGAUGGUAGGACUGAAAAUGGAGCACUAGCUCCAAAGCAGGAGAUUCCUUCAGCAGUAGAAUCUCAUGAAGUUCCUGGCACUCUAAAUAUAGGUGUUCCUCAGAUUUUUAAGUAUGGAGAAGCCUGUUUCCCCAAGGGCAGAUUUGAAAGAAAGAGAAAUCCCUCUCGAAAGAAACAGCAUAUAUGUGAUGAAUGUGGAAAACACUUCAGUCAGGGCUCAGCCCUCAUUCUUCAUCAAAGAAUCCACAGUGGGGAGAAACCCUACGGAUGUGUUGAAUGUGGGAAAGCAUUCAGCAGAAGUUCUAUUCUUGUGCAACAUCAGAGAGUCCAUACUGGAGAAAAACCUUACAAAUGUCUUGAAUGUGGAAAAGCCUUUAGCCAGAAUUCUGGGCUUAUUAAUCAUCAGAGAAUCCAUACUGGGGAGAAACCUUAUGAAUGCGUUCAGUGUGGGAAAUCUUAUAGUCAAAGCUCGAAUCUUUUUAGACAUCAGCGAAGACACAAUGCAGAAAAACUUCUGAAUGUUGUGAAAGUUUAAGAAAUUACAAAAAAAAAAAAAUCAGCACUCAGGUCUUUUUCUUCAGAAAUGAAGACAAAAUUAAAAACAAAUGAUACAUAAUAGUUUUAUUUCCCUAUAUAGACUGUUAGAAAAGCCACUGGGAAAUGUAGAAAAUCUUCACCCACCAUUAUUUUAUCUUGAAAGAAACAAUGUCAUACCUGCCUAGAAACUGAAAUUUUAAACUUAAUUCAGGUGUUAAUGCCUAAAUCUUCCAUGUGAUGUUUAUAUUCUUACUGUUUUUCCAAAUAAUGAACUACCUGAUUCUUUGUCCCUUAAAAGUUUCCUUUUUAGACAGACGUUAUUUCUGUGUUGAUCAUUCAGAUGUUCUUGGCAAGGAUACAUUCCCUUCUAUGUUAUAAGGCAAUAUAGGAAUUAUAAAAUCUGAAAACUGAAACCAUUUUUUUAAAAAUUUACCCUUCUGUUUCCUUUUACCUAAUUUGAGUAUGCAUUUCAGAAUGUAAAGGCUCAAUUUAAAAUGAGCCUUAAAACUCAGAUAAGAAGUGAUGGUGAUAAAACAUCAGUGAAUGGGACACCUAGAUUGGGGAAGAGAAACAUACAUUGAUUCAAGAAUUGAAGUAUAGCAAGAAUUUAUCUCAAUGUAAUCAUCUGCCUGCAGGGAAACUCAAACACCACUUGUCCUGUCUGUCAUUUGAAGGCAUCCCGCUAAUGAGAAUAAUGUUCUCCUAUGUUACUACUAGAAAGUAGACAGUGUGAACAAUAAACACUUGUAAAACUAGGAGAGUAGAAAUUCUAACACUGGGGAAGAAUUUGUAGUGAACAGCAGUGUCGAAGGGCAAAUGUGAACAUGAGGGUAAUGGUCUGUCUUGGCUUUUAGAAAACAAAAGAGACUUGAAGUUCUGAUUUAUUAUUUUGCCUUUCUUUUGUUAAGGACACAAAAAUCCAUGACAGGUGGGCAACAAGUAUCAGGUUUGCGGUUUUAUUCUUUUGGUACAAAAGGGUUGCACACCAGGCUAACAAAGCAGCCAUGCAUUUAUUAUUAAACAUUUUCUACCGACAAGGCACUGUGCUAGGUACUGUAACCCUACCAUAGGUAGGUAGAUAUUUCUUCCACUGUAAAUCAUUGGGGAUUUGCUCUAAAACCGUUCCAUGUGAGUUAGCUUCUUCCCUCUGUUUGAGCAGUCCUGGAGGAGGUCAUCUCUGAGAUUCCCAGAGCCAUAGUUCUCUUACCAGGGUGUUGUGUUUGGGGGAAAGGAAGACUCAGCUCAAAGAGCUAGCCAGCUCUCCAGCAAUCUUCAGAGGUGAGUCUAAAAUCCUCUAUCACAGUUUGGAGGUUUGUGGGUCUUUUAAUCUACUCAAUCUCUAGUAGCAUCGAGGUUGUACUUACAUGUUAAGUUGAAUGGAUUGUUCUAUUUAAAAAAUAAACAAUAGGUUAUUAACAACUAGUUUAUUAACUAUCAGAAUUGAACUAUUUUUUUUUUUUAAUUUUAAGUCUUAACACAUUUUACAAAAUGUAUAAAAGUAAUACAUUGUAGUAGUAGGAUUAUAUACUCUUUGGCUGAGAAUCCCAAGUACUGUGGUUUUAUUGUUUAGUGGAAAACUCUGGAAGUUAAAAUAGAGAAUAUGAGAAAAGGCUUUUUUUAUAGUGGGCAUUAAUUGUGUGGAAAAUGACCCAUGUGAAUAAAAAGAUUUCAUAGUUCCAGAGAUUUUGGUUACAUCUAGUGCUUGGAUCAAAUUUAAAAAUGGAAGGUGAGAUUUGCAUGAGCCUGUUAAAAAGCAUAGUAAUAAAUGCAAGGCCAGCUGGUGGGAAAGUGAGGCAGAAUGGAGCUUGUUUAUAGAUUUUCUGAUAACAAUUAAUUAUAAGAAAUGUGCUUUAUAGAUUAAGAUUUAUUGAAGUAUAAAUAUGUAGUAAUGAUAUAAUGUAUUUUAAGUUAUACAAGAAAAUGUAGGGACUUUCGUUUGGGUAUUUUUCUCUUUGUGGCUGAGAGGAAACAAGUCAAUGUCCAAUAAAGCUAUAAUCUCCUCCGCUCUAAGCUAAAAUGAUCUUGAGUUGAUUUAUUUAUUUAUAACUGGCUUCUUUCCAAGUAGGUUUUGAGGUGGUAUAUUUUUAAUGCUUCUGCUGGGAUGACAGAUUUCUUGUAUCAGAGUAGGUAAGAAGAGAGCAACCUCUCAGUAGCUAGAAUUUCACCCUUUUUUUUAAAUCUUACAUCUUUCCUGUACACAAAGAAGCUUCCCUGUGGUACAUUUGUCAUAAAUGCCAAAGAUGUUUGGUAUAAUGUCAGAGCUUAGAAAAAGUGGUGUUAGACUUGGCAAAUACAAGUUUGUCUUGUCAGACAUGUGAUACGUGUGUGUUGUUUAGAAAGGAUUCUGAGGUUAAGGCAAGGCUCUGUUGGGAAAAUGGGCUGGACCCAAAAAGACUGGAUUGGGGUACACGGAAAAAUAAAUUGUAGUCUGUGUAUUCAUCAUCUCCAGUUUCGCUAAGUCCCCAUUAGACAAAUUGAUUUAAAAUAACUAAUCAGUGAUUUAUUAUUUCAUCCAGCCAUUAAUUUAUACUCACAGAUAAUCACAGCAAUUCUGGGGGCUGCCCAGCCUCUGAUGGAGUGGUGAUCUGGUAGUUGCCAAGCAGUGCCAUCUGUUUGGUUAGUAAAAGAGCAGUCAUGAUUAAUGGCGUGCAGACUGCUGAGAAUUGCCCAAUGGCUACUGAGCAUUCACUCAUUAUUGCUAAAUUUUCUUCUGUUUUCUUGGAGGUUAAGCUCACAAAACUUAAUUUAGCAAUAUGUUUAUCACAUUUAAGUAAAUUGAAGGGAGGGGUAUAUGUAUUGAAAUAAUCUGCACGCCAGGCACUGGAUUAAUCACUAUACCUAUCUCGCUUAGAUUUGUAAACCAGGAAAGAAAGAUUCGGAGAUUGUGUGACUUGCAUGUGGCCCAAUUACAGCUAAAACUCAGAUCUUAGUUCUCUGAACUUUACAGGGAUAUAGAUUUUUUCACAGUGCAGUGAGUGAUGGCUGUUAAACCUUGAUAAAUUUUAUGCUUUUUAUGGUUACAAAUUUAAAAGCUUACUAAACACGUUAAUUUGAAUUUUCUACAGUAUAGAAAUGUUAAAUGAAAAAGGACAUUCCUUUUCACAGUCUUACUCGGAAGUAAUAAUUGGUUUGCUAUUCUUCCAGACUUAAGCAUAUACAUAUUUAAACAAAAUGUGUUAAUAGUUGAGACUCUGGUUGCUGUACACAGGCACUGUUGGAAGCGCUUUACCAUGGAUUAACCCUUAAUCCUCACAGCAACCAUAUGAGGUAGGUACAUAGCCUCAUUUUCCAUGUACUGCACUGAAACUUGCCUCCCCACCUUGAUGUAGACAUUGUUCUUUAUGGCUGCACACUAUUCCAUUGCAUGAAUAUACUGUAAUUUAACCCCUUAUUGAUGGAAGAAUUCUUUGCAAUUUUUUAUUACAGAUAAAAGUAUAGUUAACAUUUUUACUCAUCUAUUUUGCUGGCUGUGUGGAUAUUUCUGUAGGAUAAAUAGCAAGAAAUAGAUUUAUUGGGUCAGAGAAUGUACACAUUUAACAUUUUGAGAACUAUCACCAAAAAGAUGGUACUAAUUUACAACUCCAUCAGUAGAGUGCCUGUUUGCCUCCACUCCCACCAACACCGAAUCCUUAAAUAUUUUUACCACUCUGAUAGGCAAAAUUUGUCUUUAUUGAUUAGGAGAAACAUAUUUUUAUGUUUAUUGGCCACUUGAAUUUCCUGUUGUGAACUGUUUGCCUAUUUUUAUUUUUUUAAUUAUGGAAGUAUAAAUGACUACUGUCUCAUUGUAGAAAACUUAAAUGAUACACAAGUAUAAGAGCAAAGAGAGACCUUUUCUCCAGCACUUCCAAUCACAUUCCACUGUCCACAAUUUGAAAUACAUCCUAAUUCUCUUCCCAAACAUUUCCAUAUGAAUAUACAUAUACUUAAAUGCUGUCUUUACGUAAAUAAGAUCAUAUAUAUGUAUUGUUUAGCUUUUUUUUUUUGGUCUCAAAAAUUGAUCCUAAGGUUUUUAAAUUUCUUUAAUGGUUGAUUUGAAUAAGAACCAAUACUAGGAAAAUCCCAUUAUUUAACUAUUCCCUUAUUUUUUCUCUUGCUAUUAUUACACUGCCAAAGUAAACAUCCUUUUCAUAUAUUUCUGUGCACAUGUGUGAAUUUCUUUAGGAUGGAGUUAUAUGAGGUGGAUGAUUGGGUCAAAGGAUGUGCUUUCUGAUAGACCCAUCUUAGCCUUUCCAAAGGUCUUCAUAACUUUGUUUUCAUCCAUAUGUAUAAAAAGUGCUCAUUUCCUCAUAGCCUUACCUACACGUGAUCAUUUUUAUCUAAUGGGCAAGAAAGAAAAAAAAAUCAUCUUGUAUUUCCCUAAUUAAUGGUGAGGUUGAGGUUCUUUUCUUAAGUUUAUUGGCUACUUUUAUCAUGGAUUGUUUCUUCAUGUCCUUUAUCUAUAAUAGCUUUUCUGUUGGGUUAUGUGUGGAUAUAUGUUGUUGGGUGGUUUUUUUGUUGUUUUUGUUGUUGUUCAGCAUCUUUCCCCAUCCUCUGGUAACAGAAUCCUUAUUUAUUGUGGGGAACUCAUGCCCUGUGGCUUAGAUGAGUAGAUGACCAGGUCUGGCCUUCCUGAGUAGUCCUGCAGCUUCUUAGCCACAGUGAUUAAAGAAUGGGCAUGUAACUCAAGCCAGGCAAAAGAGAGCUCUCAACAGAACUUCUGCUGGAACUAUUGGAAAGAAGGCUCUACAGAAAUCCCACGAACUAAGGACUGUAGCCUGAAUUUAUGCCAUGUGGAGAGUCUGAGAAGAAACUCAGAGAUUAGCAGAAAGGAAUAAGAACUAAGUUCUGAUGUCAUUUUUCUGGAGGCCCUAGAUCCAGCUGUGCCUAAAGCCUGCCCUACCUCCAAACUUCAAAGUUUUGUGAGCCAAUAAAGUCCCUUUCUUGUUUAAAAUAACUGAAUUGGGUUUCUGUCCUGAUUAAUAUAGGUUCUUUGUAUUUUCUUAUUGAUUUGUAGAAAAGCUUUGUAAUUCUAAACUCUAGACUUAACACUUUAUGCACUAUAUAGGUUAAUAAAAUUAGCAUGGCCUUCCA